AUAUAUAAUCCUUGAACUUGUUUCCUAGACGCCAUAUUCACGUUUCAAACAUUUGUUUUCUAAAGGUUUCUAUUUGGGAUUCUGCUGAAGAACAGCAAGAAGAAGAAAACGAAGAAGAUGGAGAGCACCGCCGCCACCUUCUUCAACGAGAAACGAGAGGGUUACAUGGGUUAUGCAGUUCAUAGCCAAGUCAUCAAAAUCAAGCAAGAAAUUGAGAAAAUAAAGCACCCUUCACUGCAGCUACACAUCAGGCGUGCCCUUCUCAGAGAUGUCAACCGUCUUCGCUCUCGCUCGCCACUGGGAUUGGCAGAGAGUGCUAUCCUUGGAUGUUAGAUCACCACGACAUCACGCAUAUCAUACAGUUACAGACACACGUGUACAUAAAAUGUUCUAUGCUUAGGGAGACAAACUGCCCUUCUUUGAAGUUUGAACUUUAUUAUAAAUCCCUUUUUUCUUCCUUUUCAGCCUGUUUUUUUUUUUUUCGGUUUCUUUCUUCCUAGCUUUUAUGUUCUUGUGACUUUCUUCUACGUGUUUUUGGUGGUAUAUAUUGUGACAUGCUUUCUCUAAAGUUUCUUUCUA